GGCCGCAUCGUGCUGGGGGCGGCCGUGGAGGACGCGGUGCACGCGCCGGCGGAGCUGGGGCGCGCGGCGGCGCUGUUCAAGUCGGAGCGCUUCGUCAUCACGUACCGCCCCGAGAGCAAAAAGGCGCGCGGGGGCCGGGCGGCGCCGGGCGGAGUCGGAGCGGGGUUGGAGCGGGGCGGUGCGGCGCGCUCUCCGGCCUUGGGCAGGGGUGGGGGCGGCUCGGGGUGGCCACUUGGUGGGGGCCGGCGGGGAUGCAUGGCGCGCGCCUGGCCGGAGCUCACACUUGGGGUGGGCGGGGAAACGUGCGAAGGGGCCCGAGGCGGCCGUGCGCAGCAUCAAGGCGCGGAGCGAGGCCCUCCCUUGCUGCCUCUUGUUGCGAGCGGCUCUAUCCACUGA